AUGACCGCCGGAGCUGAGGAACAUGAACCGCUAAUUUCUUCGUCUGUCGACAACCAGCGUGUGACUUACAAUAAUUCUCCGACAAGUAGUUCGCCGAAUGGCAGUCCUCGCACCAGUGGUGGUGAAGUCACACUAGCAAUUCCACCCAAUCGAGGCUAUGGAGCUAUCGGAGGAGUUGAAAAAGUCACAUAUACAUGGGCUGACAUUAACGCCUUUGCCACAGAGGACAGGUCGAAGAAUAAAAAAUUCUGGAACUUUUGGAGAGGAUCCAACGAUCGCAUGUUUCAGCAACGAAAGCAACUGCUCAAAAAUAUAAAUGGCGCGGCAUACCCAGGAGAACUGCUUGCACUUAUGGGAUCGUCAGGUGCGGGAAAAACCACACUUCUUAACACGUUGACCUUCAGAACACCAAGUGGAGUUGUUUCCAGUGGAACCAGAGCACUGAAUGGACAGCCAGCGACACCUGAGGCGAUGGCAGCAUUAUCAGCAUACGUUCAACAACAGGACCUUUUUAUUGGAACCUUGACAGUGAAAGAACACUUGAUAUUCCAGGCCCUCGUGCGAAUGGACCGACACAUACCAUAUGCACAACGUAUGCGUCGAGUGCAAGAAGUCAUAUCUGAAUUGGCACUUACAAAGUGUCAAAAUACAGUAAUUGGCAUACCAGGACGCUUGAAGGGUAUAUCUGGUGGAGAGAUGAAGAGGCUCUCCUUCGCUAGUGAAGUCCUUACCGACCCCCCGCUUAUGUUCUGCGAUGAACCCACAUCUGGCUUAGACUCUUUUAUGGCACAAAAUGUUAUUCAGGUUCUGAGUGGCUUAGCUAAAAAAGGUAAAACUAUAGUUGUAACGAUACAUCAACCGUCUUCCGAGCUCUAUGCAAUGUUCGACAAGCUCCUUAUAAUGGCUGAUGGGAGAGUGGCAUUUCUCGGAUCUCCGGAUCAAGCGACUGAGUUCUUUAGAGAGCUUGGGGCAGCCUGCCCCGCAAACUAUAACCCAGCGGACCAUUACAUACAACUGUUGGCGGGAAUCCCCGGACGAGAAGAAACAACUCGACAUACAAUCGACACCGUGUGUACGGCAUUUGCGAAGUCAGAAAUCGGCUGUAAGCUCGCCGCAGAGGCUGAAAAUGCACUGUUUCACGAACGUAAAAUCUCUUCUGGCUGGGCGGACUCAGCGUGGGCGAGCGCGGCCGCCAUGCGCUCCCGGAGGUCCCCCUACAAGGCGUCGUGGUGCGCGCAGUUCCGCGCCGUGCUGUGGCGCUCCUGGCUCUCUGUUACUAAGGAGCCCAUGUUGAUUAAAGUCCGCUUCUUGCAGACAAUUAUGGUGGCUAUUCUGAUAGGCGUGAUAUAUUUUGGACAACAAUUGGACCAGGACGGGGUGAUGAACAUCAACGGAGCUAUCUUCAUGUUCCUCACUAACAUGACUUUCCAGAACAUUUUCGCUGUCAUCAAUGUGUUCUGUUCCGAGCUGCCUAUCUUCAUCCGGGAGCACCACUCGGGCAUGUACCGCGCGGACGUGUACUUCCUAUCGAAGACGCUGGCGGAGGCGCCCGUGUUCGCGACCAUCCCUCUCGUCUUCACUACCAUCGCCUACUAUAUGAUCGGGCUGAACCCUGCGCCGGAGAGGUUCUUCAUAGCCUCAGGAUUAGCCGCUUUGAUCACCAAUGUCGCUACUUCCUUUGGUUACCUUAUAUCUUGCGCCAGCAGCAGCGUGAGCAUGGCGGCGUCUGUGGGACCGCCCAUCAUCAUCCCCUUCAUGUUGUUUGGAGGAUUCUUCCUUAACUCUGGUUCCGUGCCGCCGUACCUGGGCUGGAUCUCGUACCUGUCGUGGUUCCGCUACGGCAACGAGGCGCUGCUCGUGAACCAGUGGGCCGGCGUCGACAGCAUCGCCUGCACGCGCGAGAACUUCACGUGUCCCGCCAGCGGGGAGGUCGUGCUCACCACGCUCAGCUUCUCCGAGAAAGACUUCACAAUGGACGUAGUAAACAUGGUGUUACUGUUCAUUGGGUUCCGUCUGCUCGCGUACUUCGCCCUGCUCUGGCGCACUCGCCGCGGUAAG